AUGAAUCUUCCAUCCCUUGAAUCAUCAUCUUCUCUAUCGCGGAAACCCACGAGCGACGUGCAACUGGCGACCAGCAGCGAUGAAGAUUCCCAAGCGGCCGAUAUGAAAACUUCCUCAUCUACAUUCUUCAUACGAAGGGUAGUCACAAUUGCUUACCUAUGCGGUGUGAACGUUACCAGUAAUGCAUCCAACGGCCUUACGGUUAUUGGGCUUCCCCGACUAAAAGAAGAUCUUGAUCUUCAUCCGUCUCUUGCCUUCUGGCCAUUGUCAGUAUAUGGACUGGCCACAGCAUCAACUCUGCUCCUCACCGGUGCUAUCGCUGAUGUCGCAGGACCACGUUCAGUGAAUCUUCUGGGAUGCAUAUUUAAUUGUAUAUUUAUAACUGCUUGCGGACUCGUUAGAAAUGGAGAGCAGCUGAUCAUCCUGAGAGCCUUACAGGGCCUUGCCGCUGCUCUGCACUUUUCUACCUCUGUGGCCCUUGUUACUCUAGGGCAGCCUCAAGGACGAGGGCGAAACUUAUCCUUUGCUUGCUUGGGAUUAAGCCAGCUGUUAGGUUUCUCAGCUAGCCUCAUUUUAGGUGGCAUACUGGUCGACACUAUUGGCUGGCGGUGGGGAUGGUACCUCUGUGGAGGUAUGACCCUAUUGCUAUUUGCCGUUGGAUGGUGGUCUUUACCAGAAGCCACACAGCCUAUCUCGCCACGAGCCAAAUGGCAAAAUAUAAAAACACGAGUUGACUGGGUUGGCGGAUUUCUCGCAUCGUCCUCGAUGAGCCUACUAACAUACUUCUUGGCCAUCAUCAGUGCUGAUAUUGAUCAAAUUCGAUCACCCGGAAGUCUCUUGGCCGUCAGCCUCAGUUUAGUAACUGCCGUUCUUUUUGUUUUCUGGAUGCAUUUUCGGGUCAAGAACGGCCAGGUAGCCCUGAUUCCGAAUGAGCUCUGGAAGAACGCUUCUUUUACCAGCAUAUGUAUCACGGUAGCAUUGUCAUUUGCUGUUCUGAACUCUCUAGAUCUUGUGACGAGCCUUUAUUUUCAAGACAUCGAGCAUCUUUCCGCCCUCGAAGCGGCUAUACGCAUGCUUCCAAGCACUGUGGUUGGCCUCGCUCUCAACAUUACAACGGGCCUUGUAGUUCACAAGAUCCGUGCCAACUGGCUGGUCGCUCUCGCUUCUCUCCUGUCCGCUGGCUCGCCCCUUCUUAUGGCUUUCAUCCAGCCGGACUGGCCUUACUGGCAGUGCGCUUUCCCUGCACAGAUCCUCAUGCCUUUUUCUGUUGAUGUUCUAUUCACAGUCGGCCUCAUAGUCAUAACAGAGGGUUUUCCGGACGAAAAGCAAGCAGUUGCUGGCGCUGUUUUUAACACUGCUGGGCAGCUUGGUAACACAAUGGGACUGGCUACCAUGCAGGUCAUCUCAACAUGGGUCACAAAACACGAGAGAGCAAAAUCCGCGGCACAAGCUCUAAUGGAGGGUUACAGAGCGACAUUUUGGACUAUGCUAGCCCUCUUGUUGAUCUGCACCAUUGUAGGAGCAACUGGGCUUCGCCAGGCGGGCAGAAUUGGAUCAAAACAUCAUUGA